UUUGUCGUCCAAAUUCAGUCAAAAAAGUCAUAGUUUAGGAUGUCGUCCAAAUGUCCAUCUUCGCUGUGACAGUUGGACAUGUUGUUGUCUUUACGUUGUGUGAAUGAGUGAAAUGAUCCCAUGUUGUUGUUUUCUAGAUAAAAACAGGAAAGACGACGGUGUGAAGACCAAACCCGACAUCUAUGCUGUGUCUAAGCCUGGAGAGGGCGAGGGGUUUGUGGAGAGGCCGACGCCCUGUCCUGAUGACUAUGCAAAUUUCUGUGAACACGGAGAGUGUGAGAUGAGACAAAACCUGGCAACCUGCAGGUGUGACUCAGCGUACGGCGGCUCUCAGUGUGAUCAGCUGUUGGACUUUAACGUCCUCUACGUCGUCCCCAGUGGUCAGAAGCUGCAUUACGUCCUCAUCGCCGCCAUCAUCGGUGCCGUACAGAUUGCCGUCAUCGUGGCCGUGGUCAUGUGCUUCACCAGAAGGUGCAACAAGACGAAGCGUGGGCGGCGGCAGAAGCAGCACCUCGGUCACUUCCCGUCGGGGACGUCCUCCAGGAUGAUGUAGGGACUCUCUCAUUCUCCCUUGUCCUCCUGUCUUUUCCCGUCCUCUCCACACAGACGGACUGUUUUUAAAGAAUUCCACUUGUUUGUUUUUUUUGAAACUGGAUCCUCUGAACACAAACUGUAUUUAUGGGACUGUAGCGGCCUGUGGGAGGCGCUCACGCUCGUGUUGUUUUUUUUAAAUCCUGAUUUUAUGUGGUUUGAAUCUUUCAGCUUGAAAAGUGAAAUAGUUUUUCUGAAUAAAUAAAUAAAGAGGGAAAAUUUGUCAUUUAAGGGAGUUUUUCAAACCACAUGAAUUCUUAUUUUUGUGUUAAAUUCAUUUAAAAUAUACAGUUAUUAAUGAGAUUUUUUACACUUGUUUUGUACUUUUCUUUAUUUAAUUGACUUUUCUGGUGUCAGUGGUUCUGGUUUUUGUCAUCAGUGUGUUUUAAGGCCUUAAUCCUCCAGGGGGCGCUUCAUAAUGAGAGGACAGGACCAUCAGGGACCACUAGUGCCCUCUUGGCUUUGUCUGCUGCAGUGAACUCUUGUCAAACAUGUUUUUUAAUUCUGUUUUAUUAAUUUGCUGAAUCUCACAGGGUUUUAAAAAAUAACUUAUGUGAUUUAGUUAAGUUUGUUGACGAUGAGACGCACCUGAAAACCAAAAUGCUGUUUUUUCUACUGCUUAUUAUUAAUAAUAAUAAUGAUGAUAAUAAUAAUAACGUGUACAGGUUGUUGUUAGAAUGAUUUGAUUCCAGUGCUCGUUUUUUGACGAUAAUUUAAGGUUUUUUUUCUAUCGAUGGUACGACGUGUCGUGGUAGAAGUAGAAGAAGAAGCUUGGCUGUGUUUCCGGCGGACGUCACAUGUGAAGCUGUCAUGUGACGUCUGUGGGAACCUGCUGAAAUGCUGCAUGAAAACAGUGACGUUGGUGUUUAGACUGAGCUGAAGCUCCACUAGAAUUAAACAAUGAUGAUGUUUCAA